AUGAAUAAUACUAAAUCUAUUCAUACUAAUGGAUUAAUACAAAAUACAUCAUCAUCAAAUAGUUUAUUUAAUAUUAGUAGUAAUUCUAAAUCAUCUAACUCAUCUAAUAGUAAUAAUAAUGCAGAUGAUGAUUUUCCUGAUUUAGAAAUUGAUGAUGAAUUAUUUGAAUUAAUUUCUCAAGAAGAUGAUGAUCAUCAAAAUGAUAAACCAUCAUCAUCACAUUCAUUAUUGAUAAAUCAAUCAUCUAAAAGUAGUAGUACAACAACAAUCAAUAGCUCUUCUUCUAUUAAAACACCUCCUAUUUUCAUUCCACCUUUUAAAUCUUUAUUAAAUAAUUCUAAUACUAUUACUCCUCCAUCUAAUAAUAAUAAUAAUAAUAUAAAUAGUAAUAGAGUUAUUCCAAUAUUUAAUUCACCAUCAAAUCAACAACAACAACAAUUUAAUAAUAUUAAACAACAACAACCUCCUACAACACCAACUAAAAAUCAAACAAUAUUUAAUUCUAAUAGAUUAACACCUCCUUCAUCUUCUAAUAUUAAUAAUAGUAAUUUAUUUACACCUCCUAUUUUUAAUUCACCUACAUCUCCUCCAAAAUCUAUUCAUAAUAAUAAUAAUAAUAAUAAUAUGAAUUCAAUUGUUAAUAAUAAUAAUAAUAAUACAUCUACUAAUAAUGGAAAGUCUAAAUUUUUUAUUAAUAAGAAUGAUACAUCAUCUAUUA